AAAGCAAACCAAAUUGAAGCGUUGCUUCCCCACUCGCACAACCGGAGGGAUGCGCCUCGGUUUCUGCGCUGCCAAAAUUACAUCCACAACUACAUUCUCCUUCUCUCAGGAAGGUGGUUGUGGUUGAAGGAAAGGCCAUUAACUGGAUCUUUAUGCCUGGUUAUAGGAGGACUGGAUGUUGGGAUGGUGAGUAUAAGAAGACGCAAACUCAAUGGACGAUGCAAUGGAAGAAGAUCCUUCUUGGUUCCACUUUGUAACAUUCCUGGUGGCUACGUUCCUGAAAAUCCUGAGCAUAGUGGUAGACCUGUCAAUAUGCAUCAGCUUCCUUUAGUUUCUCUCAACCAACAAGUUGAAGUUGAAGAAGAAAGGGAAAUGAUAGCAAGACCACCUGCAAAGAAACAGAAAAUACAUGUCCAAAUAGAUCCAGAGAACCCCAUGGAGGUGCAUGCUUAUCUGACGAAGCUAAAGGAAGAUAACAAAUUGGAACUAGGACCUCUCCAAAGAAGUGAAGAGAUGUCAGUGAAAGAGUGGAUGGAGAAGUGUUACCCCCAUAUUUUUUGUGUGUUUCCACAAAAUCCAAAAGUGUUUUUCCAGUUCUCUGACAAAUCAAAGCAAAAUGAAUUCUUAUAUUGCCACUACUGGCUUUUUCUCUUUGAGGUGAGGAACAUAGUUUUAAUGGACUAUAGUGUCUCCCCAGACUAUGUGGAGUCAUUAAGCAAGAUGAUUAGGACUUUGGAAAUGCGAGGUUUUGACUGUAGAUUCUUGAGGUCUGAAAUGUUAGUGGUAGGGAACAUGAUGAAGAAGCAGCAAGAAAUUAUAUUGGCUGAAAGGAAUGUGAUUGCAAAGAGGACUGUAAAUUUAGAGAAAGAACUUCAAGAUUUAGCUAAACAGAAGGGAAAAGGAGAAGAAUUGGACAAGAGAGGUGUGCAGACAGAGGAGAUAACACCAGAGAUUGAAAUGCUACUGAAGCAAGUCAAUAAACUGCAAGAAGAGCAAUAUGAAGGACAAAGAGAGCCAACUAAAACUCCAUGUGCUGCUUUAGGACAAGAGUAUGUUGAAGUUAUUCUACAACGCCAUAAGAAGAUGCUAGCAAGCAAGGAAGAGGAAGGGAAAAGAAUCCAUCAAGUUCUGGAGAAAAUAAACCAAUUGCAUCGAAAUAAAGCAGCUUUUUCUGGGCUCUGAAUCCUUCAUAAUGGUGUGUAUCUAUUUGCUUCCUGGUGUUUUAUUUUAUUUUUAUUUUUAUUUUUUUUUAUUUAUUGUUGUUUGAUAAUAGCUACCUUGUAAGAUGCCUUUUCACUGAAAAUGGGCAACUUCUUGCUCUCCAAA